AUGAAGCUCACCUGCAAACAGUCAAGUCCUGUUUAUGUUUGCCUGGAGAAGUAAACUCACCCGUUAAGCUGCUCCUGCUGGAAUUAAACAACCCCAGUUAUUAAACGCCAUUUUAAGCCGGAAGCUGUUUCCCUGUCAAUCAACGACACCAUGGCAACUCCGUAGCUGCGUAGCUGCUUCGUUAAAACUGCGUCACUUUACAAAGACACAAUGAUGACCAGAUGAAGUAUGCUUAUUACGCUUGUUUUGAACUCAUCAAAACUCCGUGUGCUGAACACAAUCAAGCUGAUCUGCAGCUGGACUCAAGUAAACACCAUUUGACUUAUGCAGAUGUCCGUUGAUUUUGAGGGUCGACUUUGAAGGUGAGGAUUACAUUGAAGACUCUGCUUCACGAUGGCGACAGGAGUGGCAGCGUGGCUCCCUUUUGCCAGGGCAGCAGCCAUUGGCUGGAUGCCUGUUGCCAACUGCCCCAUGCCAGUUGCACCAAAGGACAACAGUAAACGACAAGACGAGCUGAUCAUCCUCAACGUCAGCGGCCGUCGCUUUCAGACCUGGAGAACUACUCUGGACCGCUACCCUGACACCCUGCUUGGCAGCUCUGAAAAAGACUUCUUUUACAAUGAGGAAAUCAAGGAGUACUUCUUUGACCGGGAUCCGGACGCCUUCAGAAGCAUCCUCAACUUCUACCGGACAGGGAAGCUCCACUACCCCCGCCACGAGUGCAUCUCGGCCUAUGACGAGGAGUUGAUCUUUUUUGGCAUCAUCCCCGAGAUCAUCGGCGACUGCUGCUAUGAAGAGUACAAGGACAGAAAGCGGGAGAAUUUAGAGCGGCUGCAGGACGAUCAGGAGGAGAACAAGGACAUCAAGCUGCCCAACAUGAGCUUCAGGGAGACCAUGUGGCGGGCCUUUGAGAACCCCCACACCUCCACCAUGGCUCUGGUCUUCUACUACGUCACCGGUUUCUUCAUCGCCAUCUCCGUCAUCACUAACGUGGUGGAGACCGUGCCAUGUGGCUCCACCGCCAACCAGAAAGACAUGCCGUGUGGCGAGCGAUACACGGUGGCGUUCUUCUGCAUGGACACCGCCUGUGUCAUGAUAUUCACAGUGGAGUACCUGUUGCGUCUCUUCGCCGCGCCUAGCCGCUACCGUUUCAUGCGCUCGGUGAUGAGCAUCAUCGACGUGGUGGCCAUCUUGCCGUACUACAUCGGCCUGGUGAUGACCAACAACGAGGAUGUGAGCGGCGCUUUCGUAACGCUGCGCGUGUUUCGAGUGUUCCGUAUCUUCAAGUUCUCCCGUCACUCGCAGGGCCUGCGGAUCCUGGGUUAUACGCUCAAGAGUUGCGCUUCGGAGCUGGGCUUCCUCCUCUUCUCGCUCACCAUGGCCAUCAUUAUCUUCGCCACCGUCAUGUUCUACGCAGAGAAGGGCUCCAGCUCCAGCAAGUUCACCAGCAUCCCGGCUUCCUUCUGGUACACCAUUGUCACCAUGACGACGCUGGGGUACGGAGACAUGGUGCCAAAGACAAUUGCCGGGAAGAUCUUCGGCUCCAUCUGCUCCCUGAGCGGCGUGCUUGUGAUCGCUCUUCCCGUCCCCGUUAUCGUCUCCAACUUCAGUCGCAUCUACCACCAGAACCAGAGAGCAGACAAACGCCGCGCUCAGAAGAAAGCCAGACUGGCCAGGAUAAGAAUAUGCAAGUCCGGCAGCGCCAACGCCUUCCUCCAGUGCAAACGCAACGGACUGGUCAAUGAAUUGCUGGAGCUGACGACAUCAACCAACUUUCUACUUUUUAAAGAUACAGAAGAGGAUGAGCAGAAGCUGAGCAAGUCCUCCUCUCUGAUAGAGAGCCAACACCACCACCUACUGCACUGCCUGGAGAAAACCACUGCUCACGAGUUUGUGGACGAGCAGAUGUACGAGCAGAACUGUUUAGAGACGGUGCUACAGACCUACCCGUCACGCAGCCCCUCUAUAUCCAGCCACGACAGCUCUGCGGGUACCUGCUGCGGCCGCAGGGCGAAGAGAAACACUCCUCUGCCCAACGCCAGCCUGCCCUCCACCCACCCCGUCCAAACGCACCAGAGCCCCCUGCAGGAGCUCAGCGCCAUCCACAUACAGUGUGGGGACCCGGCAACUCACACCACCAGUCGCUCAAAUCUCAACCUGAAAACUGACGAAGGCGGCAGGAUCAACUGCAAAGGCGGCCGGCUCACCACAGCGAUCAUCAGCCUCCCAUCGCCCCCCGCUCUGCCCCCCUCUCUGACCCCCGACAGCGAUGGCCUCCGUGGGCCCUUGCACAGGAGGGGGCCUCCUCCACCCCCGGGGCACCCUGCAACUCCGAGCAUCCAGACCACGACGAGCUCAGCCGGCACCAACAUCAACAUCGUCAAAGUCUCUGCGCUGUGACUCUCUGGCUGAUGGAUGUAACUCAGCUCAGCAGGAGGAAAGAAACAAGGAAAAAGAAGAGGAGGAGGAGGAGGAGGAGGAGGAGGUGAAGCAGGUAACGCUACCUUUAUGGACGCAGCAUGUCCCGUCUCACAGGGUCAACAGGAAGAGCGCUGUACUCCUGAGAAGACAGAUGAUGUGACAUUAUUGAGGUAGAGGAUUGUAGAUAUGUGAAGCGAGAAUCACACACUCGUCAUGUCGUGUAUGUACUGUAGAUAUGGACAGAGUCGCUGCAUUUCUAAUAGUUUCUAACAGCAGUACAGGUGUUUUACAGCAAGUACUGUGGAAAAGAUUGAAAGACAUUGUUCAAUUAGUGUAUCCGUACAUCAGCAGAAUCUGUUCGGCGUACCACAAAUUCACAGUAAAUUUAAAGUGAAUUCACAGUGAAAUAGUGACAAAGGAUAUUUUGUUGACUUUAAACGUGUUUGAAGAAAGGAAAAGAAGAAAAGUGUUGACUGUGUUAACUUGAAUUUGACUGGUCUCGUUUGUGUUACGUGUUGUUUGUCUUAAGUAUUUUGAGGAAAAAAAAGAAUUUAAACAGUUUUAGAUUUCUUUACAGCAUCAUUUGAGAAGUCACGGUACCUACGAUGCUGCUAAUAUCAUAUCGCUGAUAUCUGAGUUUGAUGUGUCCGAGACUGAAAUAAUUGUUGGUUCUGUUUUAUUCAUCAUGUCAAAAACUCAAACCAAACUGUGCUUAUUAGUUGCUUCAUGUUUAAAUUUCUGACUGGAGACUGCAGGGAGUGAGGCUGACCCGACAAUGUCUUCAUCAUGAAUUAUUAUUUUAGGUGUUCAUACUGGUGAGACGAAGCUGUGGUUCUUAAGAUGAUAAUAAAAACCCUCCAGCUGUCCACAAAUUAUUGAGUGGAGGGAGUAGAGGGUUGACAUUUUCCUUAAUAAAUAAGGUCAGUUUUAUUCUGUUUUUUUCUUAUUUUCAACAAAUCACAUGAAAAUAUCACAGCCUUUCUUCACACCAGACACAAAGCUAAUUUUUCGUACAGUGUGAUAACAUAAAAAGUCAAUACAAAGAUGCGAGUUGAGACAGACUUCCUACAACUUGCAGCAUACAACAUGAAUGCACGAUGCAAAUGCUGCAAAUCUUUCUACGUGUCACUGUGUCAUUUAAGCCUAUCGGCAUCAACAUUAUCUUGCAUAGCAUAGCUCUGAUUGAUCCAAACUCCAUUCGGAAUACAAGAAUUUAAAAGUCAUUUGCUCGUCACCCUGCAGACACACCUAACAAAGCAUGAAUUCAGACUUUUUACACAUCUGCAUCAUGUUGUAAUUUCUUUUUUUAAACAUAUAUUUAUUGUUUUUUGUGUUAAUAUAACAACAUCCAACAACCAAAACUUCACAAACAUAUGGCAGCAAUGAAAACAAUAAUUAAAAUAUCAAUUUUCUGCACACUUUUAAUCUGUUUAUGGAAAUUAGGUCAAAGCAAAAUCAGUUUACUUUGCAUGUUCUGCUUGUCCUGAACUCCAUUUAGAAAACAAGCAUUUUUAAAGUUGUUUGCUCGUCAUCCUGCUGUCAGACCUGACAAAACAGCAAUUCAGACUUUUUUACAUAUGAUAGUGCCCCAUCAGCAGUCAACCAGUUUCCAGGAGAAGGCGGUGAAAUUCACUGAGCUGUGUGCACCUCCAUGACAGCGUUUGGUUUUCUGACGUAUCUGGGACUUGCACAACUGGGACAGAGCAUCAAUAGUGGUUAUUUCAGCCACAGUUGAUCACAGAAAGAAAUGGCGUCUUGUUCACACUAGCACGUCUUGCGCAAUUAACAUGAAUAAACUCAAACUCGCACAACUUACACAUGGUGAAAAUUCGAUUUGCGUCUGCUGUGAACACCCUGUGAAAACUUUCUGACCUUCUUUUUCUUGGUAUUUCUUGACAAUAAGAAAACAUUGAAUAUUUCUAAUCUUAUCCCUCAAAAUAACAAAAUACAUAGAGUAUUUUUCACUAUACCCGUAUAUGAUCCUGUUUAUAUAAAUGUGUUCAGUGCUUGUUGUUCUGUGGAUAAUUAAAACUGCAGCUGUAAUGCCGCCUCUACCCUCUACCUGAGAGGGAAAAUAAAAUGCUAAUUUGUGUAUUCAUCAUGAGAACGAGUGGGCAUUUUAGGUAUUGAAUGCAAAAAAGGUUGAGCACCACUUUUUAUAUCGAACAACCACCUGAGACUAUUCCAGGAAGAGGGCUGAUUCAUGUGCGGGCCAGGUUUUUCAAACUAAAACUGAACAUAAAAAGCUACAUGAGUAUUAUUCGUAGAGUUCUAAAAUGGAGAGAGCAAGGGUAAAAUAUGAUUCUUUUGUCAUCUUCUCUCUCUUAUUUUUCUUAGAAAUUCAAACAAAGCAGAAAUACAAAUGCCCAAAUUGGUUGUACCAUUAUGUGUUGUGAGUUAAACUGCCAAUGAAAAGAUGCUAUUUCACAGAUGAGUGCAGUUUAUGAGGUGGCAACUAAAAAAAAAGUCAUAAUCAUUUCAAAUAGCUAACCACAGGUUUUAAAUGUAUUUUAAAACCUCAAAGUUAAAUUUCUAUGGAGCCAAGUAAAUGAAAAUACUACUUUGAAAAAAAUAAUUGUCAAUUCAAGGUCCUCUUACUGUCUUUUCCAAAGCUUUCAUCCCAGUCAAAUAGUCUUUCACAAGCAGAUGGAAGUUUUCUGUGAGACAGAUGCAUCAUUUUUUUCUUGAAUUUUAAUGGUGCAAAAUGUGAUUCUGGUUGAUUGUUGAUUGAUCUCAUUGUAUUGAAAUACAGACACUUUGGGUCAGAGUUCCAGCCCGGCUACCAACCCAAAGUGUCAAAGUAUUUGACAACCUGGGAAUGAGACUCAACAAUGAACCGGAAUCACAUGUUUCAUGGUUAACCCUUUGGAGUCCACAAAAGCACUGACACAUUACGUCUUCAUUAUGUCAUGGCAUAAUAACGAAGCAACUUCAAGCCCUGACAUCGAGUUCCCUCUAAAGUUCUGGCUUCAAACUGCCAGUUUUUGUUUGAUGAUGAUAGGCCAAAUAUAUGUAGUAUAAAAUAUAGAACUAGAACCUCAUUUUAUAUAUAUAUAUAUUCACAUUUGCAACAUUUCAAAUUCUUACUGAGCAUGACUAGUUUUAUAAUACUAAUAUACUCCAGUUUUAUGUUUUGGGGUUUUUUCUUCUUUCUCCUGGGUUCAAAAUGGUUAUCCCGUAAGUCAGCGAAAAAAUAUUCAUCAGAUCAAAUAGGUGAGGUGCUGUGCUAUUCAAAAACUGACAAAAUAGCCCAAGACUCCAAAGGGUAAAGUAAACAUGGAUAAGAAAUCAGAUAACUGCUGUGGAUGAAAUCACAAACGCUACAGAGCAAGCAGGUAAACAGAUCUGUCUUUAUUAUAACUGAACAAACUCCUCAGCUGAUGAGGAACAUGUGAUUUGGUUGAAAGGCGUUAAGAAGACCUUAAGCUGUCAAAUUAUUUCCAGGGUAAAUUAAGAACAUUAAAGCUUUAGAAGAGGCAGCUCAGCCAUGGCAGUCUCAAAGACGGUCACUAGAUGGCAGCAAAGAUGCAUUCUGACAGUGAAAAAUGAUUAAAAAUAAUUCUUGUUCAUGGCCUCACUCCUGCAUUGAUAUUAUUUAUAUACCUACCUGCUGCACAUGUGUUCAUCUGAAGUUGAUAGACGCCUGGUGUUUGGAAUAGUUUGUGACUACUUGCAAAGUGUGCUAUGGUUAUUUGUGUCAAAUAAACAAUGUGUUUAUUUGUCUUUAUUGUUUCGCUAAAGUGGAAACUAUGAUUAAACUUCAUGUGUUUUGUUUUUUUUGAGGCACCAAGUGAAAUUGUUUUUGGCUGUAUCGGUAAACUUUGUGUUGCACUCCUGUAUUUUGUCACGUUUUAAAAACCGAGGUGAACGUAUUUGUGCCAAAAGGGUCACUCUACCAUCCUCUGUAGGGACAACAAAGUAGUAGUACUCUCUAUGCUGCUAUAUAAAAGAUUACAAACCCUUUAGAUAAUUUUUCCUCUCACUGUUAAUGCUGAAAAUAACAAGCGUCCGCUCCGUCGUAGUGUCCAUAACUGGGAUUUUGGUUGACACAGUAUCUACACAUUAGGGCUUCUUGCAGUAUCACAGAUCACCACCAUGCUUCAACAACACAAAGCACUGCUCUCACACUGUAUGAUGAUUCAUUGUUGUCAUUAUACGAUGGAUUUGACUUCAAAAGGCAUUGUGGGGGUCACUUUUUUAAAAGUCUUGGCAUUGCUGUUUGUGUUGUUUCUUAUCUUUUUAUCCUUUUGAACUGAGCUUUUCUGUCUGUUUGUUGUGUUUACAGUAUUCUGUCAGUUUGUUAUAACAGCUAUGAAAUGUCAGAUGAGAAUUAAAAUCUGCCACAACAAUC